ACGCAGAACCAGCGUCUCCGCCCGGGCCCACUCGUCAGCCUCACUGACACACCCACUACCCACUACCCACACCGUCGCACAGGCCUCCCUAGACCCCUCCUCUCUCUCGCCAAUUUCGCAUGCACCGGCAGCGGCGGCCGUCUCCAGGAUCAAGAACCCCAAAUUUUUUCCCCUCCUCUUUUCUCCCCGCCGGUUCUUCUUGCCGUCGCCGCUCACCCGAGAAGAAGGGAGGGCUCUUGCUGCCGCUUCGUCCUUGCAUUUGUGUGAGAGCGCUUGUGAGCGGGGGAGGCCAUGGCGGAUCCGGACGCCGACGAGAGCCCGGACUUGUGGCAGCUCUUCUGCCACUACGACCGGCUCUACUUCCGCGGCGAGCUCGACGCCGCCGCCUUCGCCGUCGAGUGGGCCUACCCGCGCAUGAGGACGACCACUUGUUUCGGAUCCUGUUCCUUUGGAGACCUUAGCAAAAUAAUACUCUAUGAGCCAAUGCUGCAAUGGCGCACAAAUGCUGAUAUGAAGAAUGCCCUGCUGCAUCUGAUGAUUCAUGCAAUCAUAUUUGUAAAGCAUGGUAUGAAGAACCUCGGCCAUGGUCCUGUUUUCCGUGAUUGGAUGGAUGCUAUCAACACUUGCACUGCUGAGGAUCUCAUGAGACCGACGGGUGGCUACCGUAUCACCACUACCCAUGAUUUCAGUGAGGAAAAAUCCUGCAACAUCCAGGGGAUUCCAUGGAAGUGUGAAUGGUGUGGCGUUACACUUCUGAGGGCAACGAAUUUGGGACCUCCAUCUGAUUCCUGCUGUAUCGAGAAUGUUAGCGAAGAUGCAACCUGUGGCAACAUGCUUUGCCAGUGGCACAACCACAAGAUGGAUUGUGGUGGUACAUAUGUGGUAACCAAACCACGAGGGCAAAGGAUGGUCCGAAAAGGUGGAGAGUUGCUUCUUCGGACUGGAACAACUGAAAUGACCAAGUCACAAGGAGCUGUACAACAAUCAGAUUCAGAUGAAGUGCAGAAAGCAAUUGUUUUGUCUGCAGCCCCUCGCAGUCGGAGAAGAUUGAAGCCGAAGCAAGAGUUUGUUGCAUGGGAGAAUAUUGAACUUUUGUCUAUGGGGAGUCGCAGUGAUGCAAAAUCAGUGGGUAGUAGCUCCUCAAAGAAGGCAGAGGAUGUCCUUUCGAGCCAACUGAAACGGAAGCAAACAUCUGUUACAUCAGAGAAGCAUGGGUUUCUCUCACUAGGGAGUUGCGACAAUGCAAAAUCGUCGGGAAGUAACACCUCCAGGAAGGCAGGAAAGUUCCAUGAGCCAGAUGAUGUUAAGCCUUAUGCAUCCCAGAAAAAAUUGAAGCUAGUGCAGGACUUGGCCGCAUCGGAGGAAUAUGGAGCUUUCUCUCUAGGGACUUGCAACAGUGCAAAACCACCACGAAGCAGCACAUCCAGGAAUGCAGAGAAGUGGUGCAAGUCCGAGGGUGUUGAGAAAUCCACUGUCCCAUGGCCUGCUGCGCCCCCUCAGAAAAUGAAGCUUGAGCAAGACUCUUCCCUUUACUCCAUAGGGCCUUUUCCUCAGUUGCAGGGUUUUGUUACAUUCCAGAAACAUGGGGUUGCAAAACCAUCAAAAAGUAUCACCCCAGACAGAGUAGGCAAGCUGCAUAAGCCGGAUGGUGUUGAGAACUCCGGUGUCCCGCCUUCCACGCCCCUAAAAAAACUGAAGCUAGAGAAGGACCCAGUUGCAUCCGAGAAACAUGGGGUGGCAACAUCAAGAAGCCUACCUGCUGCACCUCUCACAAAGCUGAAGCCAGACUUGGUUGCAUCGGAGAAGAGUUUUGGUUGCGGCAAUGCAAAAGUACCGGACAACAUCUCCUCACAGAUGGCACACAAGAAACUUGAGCAUGGAGGGGCUCAGAAGCACAUUUCUCUGCAUGCUGCCCCUCAAACUAUGCUGAAGCAACCGAACAAAACCAGCUCCACAGUGAAGGCACCAAAGCAACAUAAGUUUGAAGACUUUCGGAAAGCAACUGUUCAGCCUGCCGCCCCUCAGAGUAAACUGAAGCAACCAAACCGUGCUGCGUCGGAGAGGCAAAAGACAAGGAGCAAAACCAAGAGUUGUGCUGGGAAAAAAGAAUAUGUUUGCUUUAGUCUGUGGCAGAACUUCUAUGAACCGGAAUGCUCGAGUGGAUCGGACGAGCCGCUUGUAAACAAGAGAAGUGUGCGGAGAAAAAGAGAGAGGGAACGUGCGAUUCAGAUCACAUAUUCACGGUCAAGGAAGCGAGGCACCAGUGGGAUCAGCUCCAUCAAGGCCAAACUGGAUGAGGAAAUCUCAUCUGGACACUUGGAGGUCAUUGUUAUCGAUGAUGAGGUGAUGACUGAAGCCCCUGGAGAACAGUGCAAGGCACCAGCUCCAUGCAUGAACGUUCCUGUCGUCCCGCCGACUGAUCAGGUGACGGCUGAAGCCCCUAGAGGUCAGUCCAAGCCACCAGUUCCAUCCAAGGACGUUCCUGCUGUCCCUCCCGCUGAUCAGGUGACGGCUGAAGCCCCUAGAGGUAUGUCCAAGACACCAGCUCCAUCCAAGGACGUUCCUGCUGUCCCUCCCACUGAUCAGGUGAUGACUGAAGCCCCUAGAGGCAUGUCGAAGACACCAGCUCCAUCCAAGGACGUUCCUGCUGUCCCUCCCACUGAUCAGGUGAUGACUGAAACCCCUAGAGGCCAGUCCCAGCCAGCAGCACAGCGCAUGGACACUGCCGUCCCUCCUGCGGACCACGGAGAUCGGUCCGAUCCAUCUACGAUCAUGGACAUUGCUGCUGUGCCUCCAGCUAUGACCCAAGCCCCUAUGGAUCAGUCACAGCCACCAGCUCCUUGCUCCAUCGCCGCUGAUCAGGUGGUUCCACCUCGUUCGGCCGACCUGCCCGGUUUACCUCCUUCAAAUCCAAGCAGUUGGGCUGGCGUGAUAGACAUUUCUGAUGAUGAUGACGACGACGACGACGAAUGAACUCCUUUUCCGUCACUCUAUAUAUACUCUGCUUAUUCUGGAUUAAACUGCUGAUCAGUGGUUACCAUAGAUAGGUACUAGUAACUUAUCAACUGGCGUUUCAUUAAAUUCUGCUGUGGAGGCAUAGAGCUCUGAUCUGAACGGCGAAACAUCCUCCUAUAGAUGUCUUUCUGUAAUAUUUUGCGAGACGGUGGCUUGGGCAUGGCGAACUGAAGCAUGGAGUUAGCUGCACUGUAAUGCUGAAGCAUGCGCUGUAAUUUUUUGUGAGACGGUGGCCUGGGCAUGGUGAACUGAAGCAUGGAGGUAGUUGAGACUCGUUGUACUCGCUGGAUCAUUUGCGCCAUGUCGUCUAUCAUUCUUCUUGCUUCGAGAAAAUCUCUGUCUAAUACUGUGUGGUAAAUUGGUUAUUGUUGCUCCACAUCUACUCCCUCCGUCUCGUAAUAUAAGAGCGUUUUGACACUACAAUAGUGUCAAAAUUGCUCUUAUAUUAUAGGACGGAGGAAGUAUCAUUCUGCGUGCCGUGUUACUGGUUAUGUUGUUGCUCCUUGCUUGCCA